AUGUAUAAUGCACUGAACCAGUAUUGGAGGUUUAUCCCUUUUUUUUUUCCGGGUGUCUCCGUAAUUGUACUUGAAGCGUCGGGCACGCGCUACUGCGGGCCGGCGACGCGAAAGCGAGCGUCCCCAAAAGCAGUAACUGCCUGUACAAGUGUCAAGUGUGCAUGGCCCAAGAGACGGGCGACGGCGGUUCCAGUUACUUUUGGCUGCCCCAACUGCAAGUUUGCCCUCACCACUGCCUACGCCGCGCCUGCGCUCCGUUCUCGUGCUCUCGCCGCGGAGCCUUCGUUCUUCGACUCCGAGCGAGCAGUGCCCCCGUCGUUCCAUCAUCUCCGGGCGCAGCACGCGCUCCGAGCCAUGGCCAUGGGAGUGCGGUGGCCCCUAUGCCUGCUCGCGUGCCUCCUGCUCGGCGCAGGCGGCGGCAUCGCCGGGAACGGUCGCGCGCCGCGGAGGGUCCUGUCGCGCCCCCUCAUCGCGGGCGACGGGCGCGUCGUCGCCUGCUCCGGGAAGGACCUCCUCGCGUUCCAAGGGAACGGCUCCCUCGCGUGGGUCGCUCCCCUCAACCUGACGUGCAACGAUACCAUCAGCCCGGUCUCCGACGGGAAGAAGGCAAACCCAUCUGUGUUGGCUGCUGCUGUGCUGCAGGUGUAUCUGGUGGCAGAGGACAAGGUCCUAAAGGUCACGCCGCCGAACGUUCGCGCCGCAAAGCCAGCAUCUGAGGUGUUCUUCAGCUACAACGCGACGCCGGGGAGGUCCCAGGAGAUCGUCGGCCUGUCGGUCGCUGGCAGCUACUCCUCCCUCUUCCUCACCAUCAGAAACCUGGGGCUUUUCGUGUUCUCGCUGGAGGGCGACCUCCAGUGGAGCCUUGGGCCUGUGCUUGAUUGGUUCGGCUACCGUCUUGGCUGCAAGGGAAACAUCUCCGUCUGCUACUUCGAUUCAGCUCCUGUCCUUGAUCACACUGGGGGCGCCCUUUAUAUAUUGAACACUGAAGGCCUGCUCUAUUCCUUCAACUUUCAAAGUCGCGCGUUGAGGUGGAUCCAGGACUUGACCUCACUUGACAAAGUGAUGACGGUUGUGCCGGGGAACAGCCGGUGCCUAUACAUUGUCUUUCCACGGAAGUCUAUUGUGGUGGGGCUUGAUGUUGCCACAGGAAACGUUUCUUGGAACCAGAGUAUUGGUCCACUAAGUAAUGAGAAGAGUUUUCCAACUGUAGAUAACAACGGUUGGAUGUCGAUUGGCUCACUAGAUGGGAUCCUCUAUUCAAUAUCUCCUGAUGGUGACAUGAGAAAACUUUUUGAAGAAACAGCACUUGAUUCAGCGAUCCCUGUUGAUCCAGUCCUUGACUGCUCAGGGUUUUCCAUGUAUGUCGCUAAGACCGUGGUGGAAGGAAAAUUAAUCUGGACAACCGGUGAACAUACCUCCGUAUCGGUGAUGAAGCCAUCACACAUUUUGGUAACUUUGCUGGAUCCAGCAAAUGGAACAAUCUACUGGACUGGAGAGUAUCCUGGGGAAUUAUCAAAUUUGAUGUCCAGUGGUGAUCUGAAUGACUUUGUGGUAGAUGAGACUAUUCUUCUCACUCUUCUAUCUGCAUCAAGGUUCGGCAACGCAACGCAGUGCGACACGAAAAAACAAACAAUUGCUUGGACUUGCAGGCAAACUAAAACCAAGUCUCUGCAAGCUGAUCCAGGUGAAAAUAACCUUGUUCUUCUGCUGUUGGUCUUCCUACUCAUCAUAAUCGUAAUACAAGCCGAAGCCUUUUGUUUUUGCUGCAUAUUUUGGAGGAAGAAAAAGCUCCGAGGCAAAGGCUUGCAGAAGUUCCUGGAGAAGCGGCGCUCUCUCCAGAGUAAGAAGAGAGGCUUAGGCAAGAUGAUCUCAGAGCUUGAGCAGCAGGCAGCAGAAGACGACACUUCGAGUGAAACUUUGGGAGAGCUGGGCGAAAUGGUGAAAGCAAAGGAAGGCGUGGAGAGGAAGCUGUACGCAUCAUACAGCCUGGGCCGGGACAGGCUCGGCUUGAAGCAAGGCUCCCCCAUCUUGCCACUGUAUCAUGGCAAGUACAAGAGCCAUUCCUUCCACAGCUCACCAAACGAGAGCAUUCAUGUCUUCAACAUUCCGAGUGAUACCUCUACCAGCAGCAGCUCUGACGAUAGCGAGAGUUGCAGUUCUACUAGCUCCGGAGAUACGGAUAUCGACGCGAGAUUGAAGUCAGUAGAAGAGGCUGGACCUUCCAGCACCGCUAAUAUUGCAGAGAGAGUUCAGGAAGAAUGCCUAUCAGAUGUGGGAUCCCCAUUUCAUGUUUUCACGAACCCUUCGUUCGUCGAGGAGCAACGCACAGGAAGCACUGGAACAGGAAGCACUGGCCAUGUCUUAUCACAGAAGGAAGAACGGAUGGAAACAGUAAAUGAUUUUAUCUUCAUCAAGAGACUUUCGCUGAAGAGGAGGCGAACCUCUUCAACUAACUGAAGUACCUUGACAAAGCCGUAUAUGAUGGCCAUGUUGAUUACGACUUGGAACUCAAUGUAAAUCUUUACUCUUUACUGCUGCGGAGUCUUUCCAGCAAUUACUUUUUACUUACGCAGAGUAGUCAUGUUCCAAAG